AAUCAGGAGGACGGAUGACUGCUGCACAACGGACGACGUGGGCUCUAGUUGCUGCACGCACAAGGCAUAGUCCACACGCGGGUACUGCUGCAAGACCUGAUGUCGACGACUGCCAAUUGAGCGUCUGAAGGUAUCUAAGAGAGACGGUAGCUCUUGUUGGUCCUGGUCCUCGAUUUGUUUUCAUGACGCGCAACUUGGCGAGCGCUCUUUCUUUCUUUUCUUCAAGACAUAUCCCAGCUGGCACUCUGCUCUACUCAGGGCCUAUGAAGAGGCCGCGGCAGGCAUCUCUAGAGUCAUCGCCGUCGCAGCAGGCUUCUAAUCUGGCGGCUGAUAGCCCGCAGGAGCAGUCAACGGCAGCAAGCACGCCGCCCGCAACAACCCUCUCUCCGGCAGAGUCUAGUGCCGCGCUCAUCAAAGACCGCAUCCUCAGUACACACAGGAUCUUGGCAGCGUAUACCACCCUCCAGCAACGCUGCAAAGCCCUUGAGGCUGAUCUGGCAAAACACAGCCAGACGAGCGACUUGUUGCUGAAGCAAAAACUACAGCAGGAGCGAUUGCAAAACAGGGUUCAAGGAGUGCGUAUCAAUCAACUUGAGGACGAAGUCAGCAAGUUGAGGCAAGCGUCGACUAUCUUUGCAACAAAUGGACAGGGUCGAUGUUCUCGGCCUCAAUGUCGGACGCUGGAAGAGACGUUGCAAGACAAGGACACGCAGAUUGCACUAAUGGAGGGGCAGCUGAAGGUGAUGCGUGACUACCAAGAACAGAUCAGCUUGGCACAGUCGGACAGCGUCUUUGACAUCUACAACAUGGAGCUGGGCCCUGAAUUUGACCAAGAGGCUGCUGCGUGUGCAACCAGCGGCCUGAGUCUUGGCGAUAUGCACGCCGCAGACCAGCCGGUUUCUGAAGUACCCGAAGCAGCAAUCGAUCCUGACUUGCAAGCAGAAGAACAAGACAAGCGAAAGAAGCCAAGAAUCAAGGCAUUAUCAACAUUCUAGGGAGGCAGAGAGAAAAGACUUUUACAAGAAGGACGACUGUGCAGCAUACUGAGCCAGCGUUACUGAAGCGAAGCGUAGCAUAGCAUAACACGCGAUAUAAAUAAAGAUUGAAUGACUUUCUGAGG